AACGAAAGUUGGGGGCUCGAAGACGAUCAGAUACCGUCCUAGUCUCAACCAUAAACGAUGCCGACCAGGGAUCGGCGGAUGUUACUUUUAGGACUCCGCCGGCACCUUAUGAGAAAUCAAAGUUUUUGGGUUUCGGGGGGAGUAUGGUCGCAAGGCUGAAACUUAAAGGAAUUGACGGAAGGGCACCACCAGGAGUGGAGCCUGCGGCUUAA